AUGAACAACUAUAAUCCCGAUGGAAGUCCCGUCCAUGGUGAUUACGUGCAGUCAAACUUUAGGAACAAGCAUGAUCUGGAAAAAUAUUCCCCUCCCAAGUCCAAUGACCCACAUGACAGAUUACCUACACUAUAUGAGGUAUUGAACAGGAAGACACAGACACCGGUUGAUCUUUGGUCUUUCUACGUUUAUAUGAAAGACAGCCAAUCAGCAAUUGACUACCUUGACUUUUGGCUGGACGUGAUCCAGCACCUGAACUUGUGUAAGAGCUACGUCAAAGGGUUGAAAACUACGUUAACAGCCAACUACAGACAGAGAAAUGCAACCAACGUGGCCAGCGCUAUUCCAAGGAAAACUCCACCUAAUAAUGGGUCCUUUGUUUCACCUUUUGGUGCUAAUGAUAUUGGCAACAAUAGUAGAGAGUCAGUAGGGUCACAGAAACACAAAUCGAUAAGUUCCUCCGUGUUGUUAGAUAUGAUCAUGACUGAGAAUCUUCUUGAAGAUGAGGAUAAUAAUAGACUCUCCUCAUUUUUGAAAGGUGAAGCAACACUUAGAACCAGUGAUCCUAACGUAAACCAAAGGAUAGAAGAAUUAAAGCGACAUUCCCAAUCCAUUGGCCUGAAUAUGGGCGCAUCCAAUUCAAAUCUUUCUGUAUUUGAAACACAACCUGAAAACAGAGAAAUAAAUCGAAUAUCUACCAUCAAGCCAGAAAUGUUGGAAACAUUCAUAAAAGAAGAAAUGGAUAGUGCGCAGUUGAAAAAUGAUAGUCCCCGACCAGAGAAUUUGUUCGUUACAAGAGCUGAUCUAAGAUCGUCUUCCAGAAAAAUUCUAUACACAUAUUUCAUGGAAGCUGCAGAGAAAAGACUAUUUAUUCCUGAAUACAUCAUCAAGAAUAUAAGGCAUAAUUUAGAAACAGAAGGAAGGGAUGAUCCUGAAGUAUUUGAAGAAGCAAAAGAGUAUGUGUUUAAAGCUAUGGAAAAUGAAGCUUUUCCAGGUUUCUUGCUUUCAAAUGCGAUUAGCAACAUUACAGUGACAUCUCACUUGGUUCGUCUGAUCUUUGGAUUCUUUUUCCUCUUUGUCGGAUUUUGGGUAGGUUACACCUUAAUUUUCCUUAAUUGGAACCCCAAACCAGUUAGAGCUGUUGUGGUGAUUCCAUUUUUCAUUGGGACCUACUUGCUAAUAACUUCCAUCUAUAAUAUUGACCCUGUGCUUUCGAUAUUUGGUUAUGGUGAAAGCAAAGCGACGCACAGUGGGUUAAUCAAACUGAAGGAACCUUUUGUCAGAAGACUUCUACUAAAGAGGGGGCUCUGGGUACUCUUACUAACAUCUGUGAUUGCCGCAGUAUUGUCCAUCAUAUUUGCACUCGUGCCUGGUAAAAGGCUCUAA